GUUGAUAAGACGGCAAAGCAAGGCUUGCUCCUUCUCUUCUACAGCUCAAAGAAAAAUGGCGUCUACUCCAAGCUCUACACUAUUAUCUCCUCUCUACGAAUCCAACACCUUCUGCAACUUCACUUCUCUCCAAAAACUCAGCUUUCCCCUCAACAACAAGCUUCUUCACUCGAAAUCUGUUACCUUAACAACAACCCAUGUCUCAUUACAAGAACAAUCCGACAUUUCAAAUCCCACUAAUCCCCGAAAAACCGCAUCUUCCUCAAAAAGUAGCUACAUCUGGGUCAAUCCCCAAAGCCCCAAAGCUUCUCAGUUGAGGCAAAAAUCUUACGAUUCCAGGUAUGCUUCCUUAGUGAAAAUGGCUGAGUCUUUGGAUUCUUGUAAUCCUGUAGAGGAAGAUAUGUUUAACGUUUUAGCUGCUUUGGGUGAUAAAGUAGUAGAACAAGAUGCUGUGGUGAUUUUGAAUAACAUGUCUAAUGCUGAAACUGCAUUGUUAGUUUUGAAAUACUUUCAACAAAGGUUGAAAUUGAGCAAAGAGGUGAUUAUUUAUAACGUGACAUUGAAAGUUUUGAGGAAAAGUAAGGAUUUGGACAGAGCAGAGAAGUUGUUUGAUGAAAUGCUUCAAAGAGGGGUGAAGCCUGAUAAUGUAACUUUCUCUACCAUUAUUAGUUGUGCUAGGCAGUGCAAUUUGCCUGAAAAAGCUAUUGAAUGGUUCGAAAAGUUGCCUUCUUUUGGGUGUGAACCCGAUGAUGUGACUUACUCUGUGAUGAUUGAUUCGUAUGGUAAGGCUGGUAAUGUAGAUAUGGCAUUGAAUUUGUAUGAUCGUGCGAGAACAGAGAAGUGGCGUAUAGAUGCUGUGACGUUUGCUACGCUGAUUAGGAUUUAUGGGGCUGCUGGAAAUUUUGAUGGGUGCUUGAAUGUGUACGAGGAAAUGAAAGCGCUUGGUGUGAGGCCUAAUAUGGCUGUGUAUAACAGUUUGUUGGAUGCUAUGGGAAGAGCUAAGAGGCCAUGGCAGGCGAAGAACAUUUAUGCGGACAUGAUAAGCAAUGGGUUCCAACCAAGUUGGGGUACCUAUGCUUCCCUCAUUCGGGCCUAUGGUAGGGCUCGUUAUAGUGAAGAUGCUCUUAAGAUCUAUAGAGAAGUGAAGGAGAAGGGAUUGGAGCUGAGUGUGGUGCUAUAUAAUACUCUUCUGGCAAUGUGUGCUGAUGUGGGGCUUACAGAUGAGGCUGUUAACAUUUUUGAGGAGAUGAAAGCCUCAGGGACUUGCCAACCUGACAGUUGGACGUACUCUUCUCUAAUCACCAUAAACUCUUGUAGUGGGAAGGUCUCGGAGGCGGAGGCCACAUUGAACGAGAUGAUGGAAGCAGGGUUUGAUCCAAAUAUCUUUGUCCUGACCUCACUCAUCCAGUGUUAUGGAAAAGCAGGUCGGACAGAUGAUGUUGUAAGAACGUUUGAUAGACUGUCAGAUUUGGGAUUAUCUCCAGAUGAGCGCUUUACUGGUUGUCUUCUUAAUGUGUUGACGCAAACACCAAAGGAAGAUCUUCAUAAGCUGACUGUCUGCCUUGAGAAGGCAAAUCCGAAGCUUGGUUAUGUGGUGAAACUCCUGGUGGAUGAAGAGGCUGUUGAAGAAGGGAUUUUUAAGAAACAUGCUGCUGAAAUUUUGGAUUGUGUAACUACUGAUGUCCAGAAAGCUUACUGCAACUGUUUGAUUGACAUCUGCGUCAACCUUAAUCAGUUGGAGAGAGCUUGUGAGUUGUUAGAUAUUGGGCUAACCCUCAACAUCUAUGCAGAUAUUCAAUCUCGAACUGCAACUCAAUGGUCUUUACAGUUGAAGAGCCUCUCUCUUGGGGCAGCUUUAACAGCAUUACACAUCUGGAUGAAUGAUUUGAACAAAGCGCUUGAAAAUGGGGAAGAGUUCCCGUCACUGCUUGGAAUCAACACAGGACAUGGAAAACAUAAAUAUUCUGAGAAAGGUCUGGCAGGAGUAUUUGAGUCGCACCUUAAAGAAUUGAACGCUCCAUUCCAUGAGGCACCAGACAAGGCCGGGUGGUUUUUGACUACAAAAGUUGCAGCUAUAUCAUGGUUGGAGUCUAGACGUGCUCAAGAGGUGGUUGCUGCUUAGCAAUGGGUGGAGUCGACGAUUAUUUUGUCACUCUUACUUUGAUCAAGGAUCUGUAACCGGGCAGGUUUCUUGUUCUCUGGCCUUGAUGAUUCUUGUGCUACAGAGGUUUUGUACUCUUACAUCUGAAAGGUACCUUCCGUAGAUUAUUCAUUAUUUAGGAUAGCUCUUGGAGUUUUGAAUUUUGAGUCCUUUAGCUUUCCUAUAAGGAUUCUAGUGUAUCUCUUGCAAUCAGCAAUAGAAAAAGAAUUGAGGAAAAAUGAAUGAGAUAUCACAUUAAUAUUUGGCUUCUACCA